UUUUAAUAAAGAUUAGUAGAUAUUUUUUUGGAAUUAAACUCUAUUAUAAUUAUUUUGUACUGGUACAUAGAACAUCAAGUCUUUAUAAAUUAGUUCUGUCUAAUGAAAUAUAAUAAGAACGUACCUACAAUAUGAAAAAUUAAGGAAACAAUUUAUAUCGGCCGAUCGAAUCUUUGAAUGUUUUAAUCCUUUUGUAAUCAACAAAUUGAUUCAUUUCAGACAGAAACAAUUAUACCCAUUAUCAAACACCUUAUCAAUAUAAUUUUUGACUCUUCCAUAGUCAUUUAAUCACAGUUUUAAAUUUGCAGUGUCAAUGACAAGGUUUAGUGAUAACAAAAUAUUUUUAAGGUUAAGGUUAUAAUAGUGAUCGAAAAGUAAAUAACAUAGUCAUGAUGCCAAACUGGCUCAAGAAGCGCCUAAUCCAAUGGCUAGAAGACAACCGGGAGUUUGUAGUGUGCGCGUUCUGUCUGCCGGCGAGUUUCCUGUUCACAGUAUUUCUGCAUUUGAAGGCGUUUGUGCGGGGCCUGAGCAGCGAGCCGCGACGACACGAACAAGCGGUGAAGGAGAUACAGGGGAAGGUCCAGCAAUGGAACAAGCUUCCUCCAAAAGAUCGUCGUCUCCUAUGCACGUCGCGACCCAACUGGCUCUCUCUCAGCAUCACGUUCUUUGAGAAGCAUCUACACCAUCAAGUGGCCAUACCACUGUACGAUAUCCUGGAGCUGGACGAGACAGCCAUGACGGUCAGGGUGGAACCCAUGGUCACUAUUGGAGAUAUAACCGAGUAUCUGAUACCUAAGGGUUACUCCUUGGCUGUUACUAUUGAACUUGUUGACGCUACUUUGGGAGGAUUGGCAUUUGGCACUGGUAUGUCGACACACUCGCACAAAGCCGGCCUCUACCACGAAACCAUAACGAGCUACGAAGUAGUCCUGGGCGACGGCUCCCUGGUCACCGCCACAGCGAACAACGAAUACUCUGACCUCUAUAAAGCUUUACCGUGGUGCCACGGCAGCUUAGGUUUCCUAGUAGCUUUGACCUUGAAAAUAGUCAAAAUAAAACCGUACAUAAAAAUCAAGUACAUUCCAGUUGAAGGUCAGACGAAUUACUGCAACAUGCUAAGAGAUAUAUCAGGGGCUAACCAAGCCAACCCAUCUUACCACCCAGACUACAUAGAAGGGACCAUAUUUAGUAAAGACAAAGCUGUAAUCAUGACCGGGGACUAUUCAGACUAUGACAGAAAAAUAACCGUCAAUCACUGUGCGAGAUGGUACAAGCCCUGGUUCUAUAAACACGUCGAAUCGUUCCUCGAAAAAGGAGAAAGCGUUGAACUGAUACCUUUGAGAGACUAUUUGUUGAGGCACAACAGACCAAUCUUUUGGGUCGUGGAAGAUAUGAUCUCAUUUGGAAACGAUCCAAUAUUCAGAACUUUAUUUGGAUGGCUGCUACCCCCAAAGCCGGCGUUUCUAAAAUUCACCACAACCCCAGGCGUCAGAGCCUAUACUUUCACUAAGCAAGUAUUCCAAGACAUUGUCCUCCCUAUCCAGGAAUUAGAAAAACAGAUUGAAGUAGCCAGCCAAUUGUUUGACAAAUUCCCAUUACUCGUGUAUCCGUGUAAAAUUAUUGACCACGGUCCAAUGUCGGGGCAGUUACGUCGACCGAAAGGCAAAUACAUAGUCCCUAAAACAAAUUACACGAUGUACAACGAUUUGGGGGUUUACGGCGUUCCCGGAAAGGUGAAAGCUAAGAAGCCCUACAACCCAGUUUAUGCGAUGAGGAAAAUGGAGGAAUUCACGAGAGACGUCGGCGGUUAUUCGUUCCUGUACGCGGAUAUCUUCAUGACUAAAAAAGAGUUCGAAGAAAUGUUCGACUUGACACUUUACGAGAUAGUUAGGAAGAAAUACAAAGCAGAGGGAGCGUUUCCACAUUUGUACGAUAAAGUUAAACCAGAAAUAGAUGUAUUCGCGAUCGGUGAAGAGUAUGCUAUAUCAGAAUAGUUAAAUAUUCUUAUUUAAUAAAGUCGCACUCUACAGUAUAUUUAUUUUAAAA